UCAAUUUUGAACGUUUGUUCUACUCGUCUAGUUCAGUGUGGUUUUUUUGAAAAUGGUUGAGAUCACGCCUUUAGAGUCCAGAAUAAUUAGACAAGUUGAGUAUUACUUUGGAGAUGUAAAUUUGUCACGCGAUAAGUUCAUGAAAGAGGCUGUUAAAGAGAAUGAUGGAUGGAUUCCUAUGGAGACAAUGAUUAAAUUUAACCGUCUAAAGUCUUUGUCAGAGGAUGUUGAGUUCAUAAAGAAGUCAGUAUCCAAGUCACAGUCCGGGUUGAUUGAAGUAGGCGAAAAAGGUCUUCGAAGAAAUCCUGAAAUGAAAGUUCCUGAAACAUUUGAGACAGCUCUUAACAGCUAUAAAGAAAAUGGUGUCUAUGUUAAAGGCUUCUCUCCUGACGAAAAAUUGGACGAAAUUAUUGAAUGGCUUGAAAAACACGGUGGCAAAACCCUUGAUGUGCAUAUGCGCAGAUUUCCACGAGACAAAAAGUUUAGGGGAAGCAUAUUCGCUAUUUUUGAGAAGAAGGAGGAUUCUGAAAAGUUCCUGGCUUCACCAGAGGCUGCUACUUUCAAAGAAAAAGCUAUGGUUCGUUCAACCCAAAUCGAUUAUUGGAAACGCAAAGAAGAAGAAAACAAGGCUAAAGUUGCUUCACAAGCCAAAAAGAAAGCUGCACUUGAAGCUAACCAGGAAGCUCAAGUUAAUUCUCGAAUGAUUCGUGGAGCAUUACUUGAAAUCGUUGGUCUCCCAGAAGCCACAAAAAAAAAUGAUGCAGUUGAAGGGGAAGACGCUACAGCUGAGAAAUCAAAAGAGUCGUCAGUGAAUGACAGUAAAGACUCAGAAGCACCAACAGUUAUGAACUUAAAACAGUGGUUAAACGAAAAGGUAAGGUAAUAUGGCGAACAUUUUGUUAUGUGAUGAAAAUUCGUUAUUUUGUUUGCUUAAAAGACUGCUGUUACGAAAUUAAGUCAAGUUCUUUGGACUUUUUCUCGAAGGGAACUUAGGAUAUACAAGUGAUACUGUUUAUUAUGCUUUGUUUGAUUCAUAUUUAUUUAUCUUUUUGGAUAUUUUCACAGCUUGACUCAAGUACUCCUGUGGGAUGGAUUGAUAUCGAACCAUCUGAGGGAAAAGCUGUAAUACGAUUCAAGCAACCUGAUACAGCAGAAAAAGCAUGGGCUAAAUUAAAAGAAGCAUUUGGCGAUAGUCCUGUUACUUAUUUAAACAGUGAAUUAUCAGGUCGCGUAAUUACUGGUAAUUGUCCAUAAAAUUAAUACCUUUAUUCAUACUGUGAACUGCAUAUUUCACUCAUAAGUAGUUAACUUAUGGAAUGGAGUGAAUUUGUCUUGCCACUAAUGAGCACCCGAAAUUUGCUAGAUAUUACAUCAUAUAAAAUCAGUUUAUAUACAUUUUCCACGUCAUUUGAUUUGUUAUUAAUCUACUGAUGUUCGUCAAACUAAAAAAAUCAAACAAUUUAUGCGGAUUUCAGUAAUUACCAUAUUACGUAGAUGAUCUUUUGCGAGAGAUUGUGUAAAUAAAAUGACCCAUAAACUCAUAAUAACGACUAUAUUGAAGAUGUGAUCAGCUCGAACGGAGCACAUUAAAAUUUCAUAUAGCUAUUGUUUACCAACUAAAAAAGACAAGUUAUAGUACAGUAAAUCCAAAUAAACUGGCAAAUAUAAUUUCGUAGCACAGCAAAUUAGUUUUCUAAGCUAUCUAGUUUACUUCACUAUGCUGGAAAAUUUUUAAUAGACUGUUUUUGUUUUGGAAGGUGACGAAGAGAAGAAUCAGUGGAAAGUGAUCCUGGCAGCUCAGCAACAGAAAGCUCAGAAACGACGUGGAGGACGCAGUGUAAGUUGAUUUCAUCCGCUUUUAUUAUUUGUUAUUUAAACACAGCUUAUUAAAUUUGUGUGGGCUGAGAUACAGCCCGUGUAUCCAAACCGAAGCUGGUGGUUUUCUUUGUAGACCACUCCCCGAACAUUUGACCUAUGGGUCUAAUUCACAAAGCAGUGGAGCGACGUUGGGAGAUGCGGUCCCAUGAUAGCUAGUGACCUACAAUAUGUUCACACACCGUUUGUUCCCUCAGGAUCCUUGAACUUUAGUUUGGAAUCAGGGUUUCUCGACUCCUCUAGGUAGAUGCUCUGUACCCAUCAAUCCGGUUCAAACCCCAGAUAUUUACUUUUCAUCCUCUCCAUCUCGUAAUCAACACCGUCCACGAGAAAGCAGUGAGUAGGAUUACCUUAGCAGUGGCUAUAUACGUGUGAAAAUAUGAGAGCAUUUCGAGAGGGAGCAUAAACUCUCCCCACCGUUGGUCGUACCAGGGCAUUCGGGGACAUCUACGCAUAACUGUCAUUGACUUCCUUUGUAACUAAAAUUUGCCAGUCUUAUUGUAUGAAAACUGUUGUUUCCUUCAAAAUGAAAUUUUAUCCCCUAGUUUUGACAAAGUGUAAAUAAAUUUUACCGAUAAUAUUUUAUAUAUGGAUGACUAUUGAAUCUCAUAAUAGAAAAAAGUCGACUUAAUAAUUAGUGAGAGGAUAGUUUCGUUUUCAAUAUUUGUUGAAGGAUUUGACCAUUUUUGUUUGCUAAAUCUCCUAUAAUAAAUGCUCGAGAAAAUGAUACUUUCUGUAAAACCUUUACACAUCAAUCGCCUUAUCAUUAUGGGAAUGGUUUUUAGAAUAUCCAUCAGGAAUAAGCUGCUCACUUCCUGUCAUAGGAAGCGGCAGUCACGUGUUGCGUAUGCCUGAACACCGAUUACCACGACGUUCAAUGCUAACCGGUGUUGGGGAUGGUUAGAAGAAAGUUAGGGGCGGCCAAACCAAAACGUGGCAUCAGUAGUUGAAGACACUAGCAUCUGGUCUGAGCCAUGUUGGUAGAUGCAAACUACUUGGUUGGGGUCCGCGUGACUAUCGUAAUUAAUGGUUGGAGACUGUGGAUGACAUGUCUCAGAAUCGAUCACAAUGGUGUAAGUGUAUACACUCUUUGUCUUCCUUUAAACCGUGAAAUUAAAAUUACUUUAUACCUUUCUUUCUACGUACUAAAUUUUUCUUCCUGUACUAUAUCCUUAUAUGCAAUCUUUCUUUUAUGUAUUGCCACCAUUGACUUAACUACUCCUAUGAAUUCGGAGUUCAUCGUGCUGUGCUAAUGCGGUAUGACAACUCGGACCGAUGCAUAUUUGUGCCUGGUCCUACGUUGUAGCUGACUGACUAACUGACUGUGGCUUAACAGUCAAAGUACAACUUUUAGCCAGUAGAUCACAGGUUUGAAUCCCACCUCAUCUACUUUGAAUAUUUUGUAGUUCAACAGGUACUGAUUUGCGUAUUGGGCUUUAAAUCAUACUUUAUGGGCUAGUAAUACUACGUGGAUACUUAGACCAAAGCAGCUAAAGCGAGUUUUGAACCUGUGAUUUACUGUCUGAAAGUUGAACCCCUUAGUCAUUGGGUCACCACCGCACCUUUGGUUUAGGCAGCCGAGUAGUAUUACCAGUGUAAGCUAAAUCGCUUGGUCCAUAGACCCUUACUUGAUGAAUAUGUUAUAUCAUCAUUCUUGCGAAAUAUUUGGAAAUUCGAUAGGUAAGUCAAUGAGUAAUUAAAUACUAGGAAGUUUUAUGCAAUUUUUGCCGUUUCAAAAGUAAGCAUUUCAUUUCUAAACCAAUUUUAAAAAUUGGUAGUAAUCUGAUAAUAUUAUCUUUACUAAAAGAGCCAGGCUGAUAACGUUAACUCAUUACUGACUCAUAACGAUGAUAACUUUAAAUAUAAUAAUCUCUUUUUUCUGUCUGUGCUAUCCAUCUACAAUUCCAAAUCACAUCGAUCAUGAGUGUUUACCCAAGAAAUAGUUAUAAGCUACACGUUUGAAUUAUUAAUAUUAACUGUAUUGCGAGGAAUACAAAGGAGGCUGAAAAAAGUUUAGAUGUAAACAAUAUGUGAAUUGUUUUAGUCAGAAUUUUGAUUGGGAUCAUGAAUGGUUCAAUAUUAAACCACCAUUGAAAACCUGGGAGCACUGAACGGCCGUUUUGCUAUGGUAUGGGUUUCUUCAGCAGUGCGCAACCCAGGAUCUUUGUUCUCACGCAAACACUUAACUUUUGAACCACUGAGCCGGCAUCCAACGGUGUUAAUGUUUAAAUUCCAUCGAUCCAUGAACAGCUGCGUAACAGUUCAUUCAUUCUCUCAGGUAGAUACCCGACACGAAUCGAACUCUACUGGUCACGGCUUCUCAUUAGAACUCCAGGAAAUCUAUCUUGAAGCCAGUCACUAGUGAGCACAUGAUGAUUGUCAUCAGAAUGGGGGUUUGUGGAGAUUGUAGUAAUUUUAGUCAGAAUUACCUAAAAUGAUAAGUAUAUAUAAUUGGGUACAUUAACUGCCGUAGUUGAAAUUCAUUCAGGAUGGUGUGGCCAAUAUACAUUGAUAAUAACCACUUUUUUACUUACCUGCUAAUAAUUCAUGAAAACAAUAAUACUUUCGCAUUUUGAUCAUUAAUGUGGUGGUUGGAGACAAUAACUUACGUGUAAAGAGAAAUUUAUAAAUGCUAAGAUCUGGUUAUUUAAUUUCUUAAUUCGACUUUAAUGUUAACUUUGAGAUAAAAAUAAAUACCAAGUUAUUUUUACUGGAAGUAUAAUAGUCCGAUUAUCUUCACUCAUAACUACCAUUUAUUACCUGAGCGCUGUAAUAUUUCCCAGACAUUCAAAAGAGAACAAAUGGUUAUAUUGGGGACCCUCAGAAUCCUUAUGUAAUCAUUUAAUCCUCAAAGUUGUAAAGCAUCAUUAAUGUAUGAUAUCCCGUAGCAGCCGAUGACCAAUGAUUCCCUUGAGACAUUACAAUCCAUAUAUAUUAUUGAAUUGCGACCAAGGUUUCCAGACUGUACAUAUCCACCAACUCGGAUUAAACGUCGAAAGUCUCCCCUUGCCCCACUUUUAUUAAAUCUUCACGUGAGAGUAGUAAGAUUUUCCUGGAACUGGUUAUGUGUGUGUCUAGAUGAAAGCAUUUCGGUAGAAGAGAUCAGACUAUACUCUUUCGGCAGUACCAAAUCAUUUAGAGACCUUUUCUUGACAAAUAUCUAUCAUAAUUUAUUGCUAAUUACAUUUAUGUUAAUCCUUUUUAGGAUGGAAGACAAAUUCGUAACAAACGACGUCGUACGAACUAAGUAAAAUGGAACAGAUUGAGCUCCACUUACUACUGACUUCAUUACUGUAUAUUCAUUAAAAAUAAACUUUACUUUUAAAUAUUUUCUUUCACACAAAUAAGAGAAGCUAUGUAAACAGCGAUCAUUUGUAAUGGAAAAUAUAUGUAUUUGGUUUG